GAAGAUGUCUGUGUGUUUUGUGCCAGGCUGCAGUCACUCCAAGCUGCAGGAAGCGAGCGAAAGCUAUGACGUCACAUACGCGACCGCCUCCUGUGUAGUCUUUCUAAUUACGUUUUUUCAAAAUCUUAUAUCUCAACAGUUUUACCACAAAGUAUGACUUUCUUGACCUUAAAAUUUCUGUUUUAAAUUCGUUAUAUUUUUUCCGAUCUAAGGUCCCAUGAGCUCUACCGGAAGGCGCGUGACUUCGGCACUCUAUCAGAGAGAGUGGAGUAGAGGCAGUGACGACAUGUCAGCAUUUAGGUUGUGUUUCUCAGAAACGAAGUCAUAUACUGGAACCCCUCACCACAGGCGGAAGGCAGCUGGUGACUUGUCACUGGUUUCCUGUCAGACCAUCCACAGCCCUGAGGAUGAGUGUGUGUGCGGAGGAAGAGGAGGACAGAUUCAGCUGUCUGUCUCUGAGGAGUGACAGGUCAAUGGGACACCCACUGGUGUUCACUGAUGAACCUCCUGCACAUAUAAAAGGUUUCUACGAAGAGUCGGUGGCGUCCACCAGUCAGUCUGAGACGAGUGACUGCCGCCUUGUUUCCCCUCCAGGCUUCUGUAACAAACCUCAACCCACAUACACAAGGAGGAGGAAAAAGUACUGGAAGAAGCUGCAAACUCCGGUCCCUACCAGCUGGAAAGAAUGGUUGACCCCUUCCUUGAAACUGUCUGCUUCAACAGAAGCCUGCUGGGACUGUGGAGAACAAACCAGAAGAAGGCCUGGACUGCAGACACCCAGUCAGACCAGCGCUGUAGAAGGUCGACAGGAAGUUUUGGACGUUUUUAAAAUCAGUCUGAAGAGGAGAUGUGAACGUGUGACUGAAGGAAGUGAUGAAACAGGAAGUGGAACCCUCCUCAACAGGAUCUACACUGAGCUCUACAUCACAGAGGGACAGAGGGAAGAGGUUAAUACCCAACAUGAGGUGAGGCAGCUGGAGACAGCUUCCAAGAAGAAGACCCUCCAUGACACUCCAAUCAAGUUGGAGAAAGGAAACAUCAUGUUCUACCAAGAAGACCUGGAGCGCUGUGGUCUUGAUGUCACAGAGGCCUCAGUGUACUCAGGAGUUUGUACAGAGAUCUUCAAAAGAGAGUCUGUGAUCUUCCAGAAAACAGUCUACUGCUUCGUUCAUCUGAGCGUUCAGGAGUUUCUGGCUGCGGUGUAUAUUUUUCAUUGUCACAUGAACGGGGACAGCGAGACACUGGAGACUUUUCUGGGGAAUGCCUGGGGUAGGUAUCGUACCUGUGACCCAUCUUUGGACAUGUUCCUGAGGAAAGCCCUGGAUGAGUCCCUGAAGAGCCAAAAUGGCCACCUGGACCUGUUUGUCCGCUUCCUGCAUGGCCUUUCACUUGAGUCAAAUCAGAGACUCUUAAGAGGACUUUUAGGUCAGACAGAGAGCAGCCCAGAAAGCAUCCACAAAGUAAUCCACAAUCUGAAGGAAAUGAGCACCUUUGACAUCCCUCCUGACAGAAGCAUUAACAUCUUCCACUGUCUGAUGGAGAUGAACGACCACUCAGUACAUCAGGACAUUCAAAAGUACCUGAAAUCAGAGAACAGAUGGGGCACGCACCUCUCUGAGAUCCACUGCUCGGCUCUGGCUUUGAAGCUGAAGAUGUCAGAUGAGGUCCUGGAUGUGCUGGACAUGAAGGCGUACAGGACGUCAGAGGAGGGGCGACAUAGAUUGAUCCCAGCUGUCAGGAAUUGCAGAAAGGCUCGACUUUCCUGUUGUCAACUUUUGGAGACUCACUGUGAAGUCUUGGCCUCGGCUCUGAAGUCCAACCCCUCCCAUCUGAGAGAGCUGGACCUGAGUGACAACAGGCUGCAGGACUCAGGAGUGAAGCUGCUGUCUGCUGGACUGAAGAAUCCAAACUGUAGACUGGAGACUCUGAGAUUAAGUGGCUGCUGGCUGUCAGAGAGCUGCUGUCCUUGUCUGGCCUCGGCUCUGAAAUCCGAAGCCUCCCAUCUGAGAGAGCUGGACCUGAGUAACAACAAACUGCAGGAUUCAGGAGUCAAGCUGCUGUCUACUGGACUGAAGAGUCCACAUUGUAGGCUGGAGACUCUCAGUUUGAGAUACUGCAGCUUGUCAGAGAGCAGCUGUUCUUCUCUGGCCUCAGUUUUGAAGUCCAACACCUCCCAUCUGAGAGAGCUGGACCUGAGUUAUAACAUGCUACAUGACUCUGGAGUGGAGCUGCUGUCUGCUGGACUUGAGAGUCCAAACUGUCAACUGGAAACUCUGAGACUGAGUUUUUGCAGCUUGUCAGACAUCAGCGGUAGUUUUUUGGCCUUGGCUCUGAUGUCCAACCCCUCCCAUCUAAGAGAGCUGGACCUGACCAACAACAGCUUGCAAGAUUUAGGGGUGAAACUGCUCUCUGCUGGACUGGAAAGUCCACAAUGGAGACUGGAGACUCUCAGGGUGACAAAACCUCGAACGCAGCCGACAGCAACUGAAAACUGCUGAAAACAUUUUCCAACGGAGGGUAGUAUCAUCCGCAUCUAACGACAGGAAAGACACUUGGAAGUGGAGAUACCAAGAGCGCUCACAGACCCUCUAAAGAAUCAGCAUUAUACUAAGAUCCUUCUGUUCCCUCUUCAAUGUGAAACAAGUUACUGAAGUGCAAUGGAUUGUUGGACAAGUCAAGACUGUAACACAUACACAAGUCACUGAGAAUUCAGUCCAAAGGAGGACAUGCGUUGGAGUCUUCAGACAGCCUGACUGUCCUGUAACAGCGUGGACUUUGAAUAAGAGGAAGCACUUUAUUGUUUUUAACAAGUUAGCCUCCAGCAAAACACGUUGUAUUUUAGACCUGCAUUAAGAAUACAGCUAUAGAUACAUACAACACUAUUUAUUUAAAGCCUCAGUGUGUAAAAAUGGUGAGUACCAGUGACAUCAGCGGUCAAAUUCUAGAUUGCAGCGCUCACUCGCGCACACUCGCUAACCACUCCCGUCGGGUAAGUGACGGUGGCCUCGUAGGACAGAAAGCCUUGCGCAGACAGAGAUGGCAUCAUCCACGAGUUUUUCAAGUUUUUCAGGAGUAGGCCUAUCUAGCGAUGAGGUGAAUAUUUAUUUAGGAAUCUAAAUCAUGCUACGAUAUUGUAGCGACCCUGCAGUAAAUAUUCUGUUAUAAUGUCAGUGUUCUGUGAGUUAAUGGCAUGUUUGGGACUGAAUGAGUAUAGGUAGGGGGGCGGGGUGCGAGUGUGACGGGGAUGAGAGCUGUGUGAGUGCGCGUGCUGGUGUGUGUAUGAGCGAGCUGGAGGAGAGAGCAGGAGUGCACAGUUGGAGUUACAGCUAAGUUCUUGUUUGUUGGUUGUUU